GGGUGAAACAUGUUGAACGUCAAAAGCAGGGUGUCGAAGCAAACCGCACGGAGGAUGACACAAUGGAUGAGUUGGAUAAGAAGGUUCAUAUUCAUUCGGAGGAGCCAGUAGACGUCGUUGACGAUUUGAACGAGGAAAUUGGAGUAAAAAGUCUUACUUAUUUUGAUUCAGACGUCAUGGAAAUAGAACCAUUAUCCACUGAACGACCACAUGUUCGGCCCGCACGUAGCAAGCGUGCAAGUGUAUACUUGUCAACCCCCUUCACAGCUUUAGAUAAACGGACUACAAAAUCAAUCACCACCACCUCUCAGUCUCAACCAUCCGUCUAUGAUCCUAUGCACAAAAUACCUGACGCCCAUUUAGAUCGACUCAGAGCUUGGAUCACAGACAAGCGUACGAAAGAUGAGGUGCGUGAAACUUUUCACGGGAAAAAAUCGAAGGAGUUUUUCAGAGACUUGUUCAUGUGUCGUCGGUGGUUGGCGGAUGAGCAUUUGGAUGCACUGUUUCUUCUCAUUCGCUUCAACAUUAAGACAGCCAUGAUACCUACUGCUCAAAACUUCACAACUGUAGACACACUAUUCAUGCGACUAUUAGUUGCGAAGUGGCCUGAAUACCAAGAAUGUAUUAAAGAGAAUCGACCAUUUCACUGGAAGGAGGAGUAUCGGUUGGUUGACUAUGUUGUCGGAUCAAAACAAGACUGUCAAGAUCCUUGGGUGAAUGUUGAUUACAUUUACUCUCCAUUCAAUAUCCAUGGCAAUCAUUGGAUUCUAUUAUGCUUGGACUUGGUACGUUGUCAAGUUAAGGUAUGGGAUUCGCUUCCGUCGCUGACGAGUGCCGAAGAUAUGAGAAGCAUAUUAGAGCCAAUUCAAGAGAUGGUGCCAAAUUUGCUCGAUGCUACUGGAUUCUUUGUUAGGAGAGGCGGAUCAUCAACACACAAGGAACCUUGGCCACUUGUCAUUGUCGACUCCAUUCCACUUCAACGCAACAAUAGUGAUUGUGGUGUAUUUACAAUUAAGUAUUUCGAAUAUGAAGCUUCUGGUUUAGAUGUAGCUACAUUAUGUCAAGAAAACAUGUCAUAUUUUAGAAAACAAUUGGCAUUUCAAUUAUGGACCAACAAUCCCAUGUAUUGACUUUCAGUUUCAACUUUUGAAGGAAUUGUAUAUGUUCCAAACUAUGUACAUAAAUAGUUUUAUAUAAUGGAAUGAAGACCAUUUUUGUUUUUUGGUAUGCAA